UCAUCACAUCCCUAACUCAAGAAAUGUAAACACAUUUCGGAAUUCAGAAAUUUCUUAAAACAUGAGCAACAUUGUCCAGUACAUCGUAGUGCGCAGCGACUUGCGUUCCGCCCUCAGUUGGCCCUUGGGGGCGGUGAUCGCCCAGAGUUGUCAUGCCACAGCCGCCGUUAUUCACUUAAAUUCCGAGGACGCCGACACUGUGGCCUACUUGAAGGAUCUGGAUAAUAUGCACAAGGUGGUGCUGGAGGCCAAAGACGAGACUUCUCUGGUCAAGCUCAGCGAAAAGCUGAAGGAGAACGAGAUUAAACACAAGUUGUGGAUCGAACAACCCGAAAAUAUCCCAACCUGCAUCGCCCUGAAACCUUAUGUUAAGGACACGGUUCAUAAAUACGUUAAGCACUUUAAGCUUUUGAAGGAUUAAUACAUCUUAAAGGAGGUCUUCUUUAGCUAUAACUAUUUCUGCUUAUUGACACUAAUAUGUAAGACAAAUAGGAAUAGUUUUUGACAACUAUAGAGAAGCUAAUACUUAUCAUAGUUGACCACUAAAUGCCUACCAAUAUUAAAAAGGAGUGUUACAUCUCAGAUCUGAUCAGUUUGUCAUAUAACAGAGUUUGCUAAGUUUGUCGAUUAUAAAUCAAGCGUUUCGGUUUAUAUUUUAUAAAAAAUAAACAGAAAAGACAACAAGUUGGUUUUUUAUUUUGUGUCUAUUUUAAGCUUGAUGUUUCCUCUGAGGAUCUCGGUUAAUCGUUGUGAAAUUUGAGGACAUCGCUCGACUUUUAACCGGCCCAGUCCGCCAAGCGUCCUGGUAAACUCCGCAACUAUCUCAUUGGUUAGAUAGGCGGAUCCACUCAGGUCCAGGAACUCCAAGGCACUAUGUUUUCGCAGUUCCAUUGAAUCAAAGUUCUGACUAGAACUCCACAGUGGUGGAACUCUAAAUGGCGCAGAGAAUCCGUUUCUACGAGCGAUAUGAACAGCGUGGUACUCCAGUCAGUGAAAAGAGGAUUCAAGAAAGAGCGCAGGACCAAGGUAUGAUGAAGAGACAGACCGCCGAGCGGCAUCGCAUCCAAAUCUGGAUUGAUGGGCCCCUAGAGAACUUCAAGCAUUGGACAGCUUUGCAUCAGCGGAUGGUACAGAUAAGACCUGCAGCGUAGUUCGCGGAGAUGCGGCAGACCCCACGAACGAUAAGAUCCCAGGUCCACAAUAAUUCGCAUUCUAAGUAAGUAGUAUGCGAAACAUGGCUUAGUUGACUUAGUUUAGAAUAAUUCACCUGGUUUUAAAAAGAUGUUGGUUUCAUCGCUUGCUUUGAGAAUUCAUGUUUUUAUAAGUCGUGCUUGUAAAAAGCUCUCCAAAAAUAGAAAUCAAUUUUACCUCGAUAAAUAACAUUCUAAUAAAAACGCAUUGCUUUAA